UCCCGAGUCUCGAGCACCCGGCCGCCGCCGCUGCCUGCGCCAGUUGGGGCUGCAGUCGAUUAGAAAGAGGAGGGAGUUGGGGGGUAAGCGAGCCUACUGAAGGAGGGGACCAGAGAGCCGGAGCGGCUCGCAGGGUCCCGAGUCCGUCCAGCCCACCGGUUUGCACGCAGAGAAACUUUCCUUCUCGCCCCGCGGGAGCUGCGCCCCCAAGAUCUGGGCUUUGGAGUAGCGAUCGCCCGGCAGCGAGGAGGCGGCGGCGGGGUUCUCCAUGCCCCUGCCCUGGCGGCAUCGGUGUCUUAAGUCAGAGAUCCCCAGUCCAGAGCUUAAAAGGAUAGAGGAAAAAAGUAUUUUUCAUCCUCACAUAGAUAGCAUUUACAGAGGACUUAUAUCAAUGUUUAUAUGUGAAUUCAUUUGAGAUACAUAUGGGAGUGAUCCAGGAGCACUUGAAUGACAACUGAAUGAUUGAAAUUAUCCAAGAUCAACUCUUGUCUUUGUAAACUCAGUCCCAGGGAUCAAACACAGAGCUUCAUACCUGCACGGCAAGUGCUUUACCCUAAGGCUAUAAAGUGAGAUUGAACUGAACGUCCGCUUGGCUGUUCUUCAUCAUGAACCGUGCUUUUAGCAGGAAGAAAGACAAAACAUGGAUGCACACACCUGAAGCAUUAUCAAAACAUUACAUUCCCUAUAAUGCAAAGUUUCUUGGCAGUACAGAAGUGGAGCAGCCAAAGGGAACCGAAGUUGUCAGAGAUGCUGUGAGGAAACUAAAGUUUGCAAGACAUAUCAAGAAAUCUGAAGGUCAAAAAAUACCUAAAGUUGAGUUGCAAAUAUCAAUUUAUGGAGUAAAAAUUCUAGAACCCAAAACAAAGGAAGUCCAACACAAUUGCCAACUUCAUAGGAUAUCAUUUUGUGCAGAUGAUAAAACAGACAAGAGGAUAUUCACUUUCAUAUGCAAAGAUUCUGAGUCAAAUAAACAUUUGUGCUAUGUAUUUGACAGCGAAAAGUGUGCUGAAGAGAUAACUUUAACAAUUGGUCAAGCAUUUGACCUGGCGUACAGAAAAUUUCUAGAAUCUGGAGGAAAAGAUGUUGAAACAAGAAAACAGAUUGCAGGCUUACAGAAAAGAAGCAGCAGAAGCAGCAGAUGCUGGAUUCAAGAUUUAGAAACAGAAAAUGUGGAACUUAAAAACAAAGUACAAGAUUUGGAAAAUCAGUUAAGGUUAACCCAAAUAUCAUCAUCGCCUCUGCUGCACAAAAUGUCUGAUCAUGAGCAACACAAGUUUCAAAGAUGCUCAUCCUCUUUCUGGCAGAGUAGUGAUGCUUCAUCUUCCUGUCUAAACAUUUCUUCCAUUACUGUCACUCCUGUCAACUUGCCUGAUUCCAGACUAUCCUUGGGACUGAUAAUACCACCACCUUCUAUAUGUGGCCUUCCCAAGCCAGUCAGUGGGAACAGCAUUCCAAGACCUCAUGCUGGUAUUGGGACACCCAAGUCACCUUCCACUGACAUAUUCGACAUGAUUCCGUUUUCUCCAACAUCACAGUCUUCAGUACCCACUCCCAAUGGCACCCAGCCACCUCCCAUACCUAAUAGAUCUACUGAGAUUAAACGGGACUUGUUUGGAGCAGAACCUUUUGACCCAUUUAACUGUGGAGCAGGGGAUUUUCCUCCAGAUAUUCAAUCAAAAUUAGAUGAGAUGCAGGAGGGGUUCAAAAUGGGAUUAACCCUGGAAGGCACAGUAUUUUGUCUUGAUCCAUUAGACAGCAGGUGCUGAUGUCAAGAACAAGAGAUCCUGAUACAUGUUAAAUUUCUUUUGUAUACAUA